CAAGAUGAGUUUCACAGCAGAGCACCACCUCUACGGCCCGUCCUCGUACCGCAAGGCUCGGCCCUCCUCCGGGUCCUCCAGCGGCUUCCACUCCCAGCGCCGCCGCCUCACCUACAGCCAGCCGCCCUCCGCAGACAGCCAGGACAACUUCGGCGGAGACAUGACUCGCAGGAACGAGAAGGAGAUCCUGCAGACUCUCAAUGACAGGUUCGCCGGCUACAUCGACAAGGUGCGCAACCUGGAAAUGCACAACCGCAACUUGGAGGCAGAAGCCGAAGCUCUGCGGCAGAACCAGGCCGGGCGCAGCUCGGUUGGAGAGCACUACGAGCGAGAGCUGGGCGACCUUAGGGGUCUCCUGCAGCAGCUGACCGGGGAGAAAGCCCGCGCUGCCCUGGAGCACGACCACCUGGAUGAAGACAUCCAGCACCUGCAGGCCCGGCUCGAGGAAGAGGCGCGAAACCGGGAGGAGAUGGAUGCUGCCGCGCGCACCAUGAAAAAGUAUGUGGAAGAGUGCCGCUUGACGCGUACGGAGCUGGACAAGAAGCUUCGCGCCCUGGAGGAGGAGGGCGUUUUCCUGAAGAAGAACCACGAGGAAGAAGUGGCGGAGCUUCUCGAGCAGAUUCACGGUGCGCAGGUGAGCUUUGACAUGCGGGACACGAUGAAGAGUGACGUGACCGGCGCACUGCGAGAGAUCCGCGCGCAGCUGGACGUCCAUGCAUCCAAGAGCUCAACACAAGCCGAAGAAUGGUUUAAAGUGCGCAUGGACCGUCUGUCUGACGCUGCUCGCACCAACCAUGAUGCAAUUCGUGGAAGCCAGGAAGAGAUUGGAGAGUACCGCCGUCAGCUCCAGAGCCGCACCAUCGAGCUGGAGACUCUUCGGGGAACCAAGGACUCCCUGGAGAGGCAGCGUAUGGAGUGUGAAGACAGACACCACGAUGACCUCAACUCCCUACAGGAGACCAUUAAUCACCUGGACAACGAGCUGAAAACCACUAAAUGGGAGAUGGCCAGCCAGCUGAAGGACUACCAGGAGCUGCUGAAUGUGAAGAUGGCUCUAGAUAUUGAGAUUGCUGCUUAUAGGAAGUUACUGGAGGGAGAGGAAAAUCGCCUUGUUUCAGGAGCAGGUCCCUACUCUUACCUCGAGAGCAGAAUCUCUUCCCACUUGAAGAUGAAAGCAGAGGAAAUCUCCGAUACUGUCAUCGUGGAGGAGCAGACCGAUGAGACCCAGGUGACAGAGGUCACAGAGGAGGCAGAUGAGGAUGAAGAGGAGGGAGAGAAAGAGGAAGGAGAGGGAGACGAGGAAGAAAAAGAUGAGGAAACCAAAGAAGAUGAGGAAGAAGGAGAGGGAGAAGAAGACAAGGAGGAAGAUAAGGAAGGGAAGGGAGAGGAAGAUGAGGCAGAUGAGGAAGAAGAUAAGUCAACAUCUCCAGAAAAGAAGGGAUCUCCUCAGCCUAAAUCUCCUGUUGUCAAAUCACCAGUAUCCAAAUCACCAGCACCCAAAUCCCCCAUGCCCAAAUCUCCGGCUAAGUCCCCUGCAGUCAAAUCCCCCGCAGGAGCAGAGUCCAAAUCCCCUGAGUCCAAAUCCCCUGAGUCCAAAUCUCCUCGUCCCUCUACCCCUGAACUGAAGUCCCCAGAAAAAGAGAAGGCCGAGCCCGCCGCCACUAAAGAAACCCCAAAAGAGGAGAAGAAAGAGGAGAAGCCUCAGCCUGUCAAGGAGGAAAAGAAGGAGAAAGAACAGCCCGUAAAGGAAGAGAAGAAGCCCGAGCCCAAGGAGAAAGAGCCCGAGGAGAAAGAGCCCAAGGAGAAAGAGCCCGAGAAGGCCGAUAAACCUGAUGCUAAGAAAGAGAGCAAGGCAGAGGACGCUUCAAAACCUGCAGCUGCCAGCAAGCCCUCAGAGGACAAGCCCAAGUCUGAGCCUAAAGAGAGCGCUGCCCCCACCAAGGAGGAGAAGCCCGCUGCUCCUAAAUCUGAGAAGACCGAGCCCGAGACAAAGCCUGCAUCUAAAGCAGAGCCGGAGAAAACCGAUAGCAAGAAGGACGAGAAGAAGUCAGAAGAGAAGGCCGCACCUAAAGCCGAACCCGAGAAAACCGACAGCAAGAAAGACGAGAAGAAGCCCGAGGCUAAAAAGGAGGCUAGUAAAGAUGAGAGCAAGGAAGUGAAGGAUGAAGGGAAGCAGGAGAAAUCCUCUGGCACCGAGGCAAAGGAUAAGGAGGAGAAAGUGAAGAAGUCAAACUGAUAAGCUGUGAUUGAAGGCACACAGGGAGGAGGAAGUGGAGAUGCCAAAGAACUAUGAGAAGUGAAGGAAGCCAGGGUAAAUAGCAGGAGUAAGAAGCGUGAUGCUCCCAGCUGUUCAGAUGGACGCCUUAAUGUCCAAAGUAAAGCAGGUUAUGGUAUAAGCAAUAGUGAUUUCUGUAGCAAAUAACCCCCAGCACCCUGAGUAUGGCCAUUACCCCCCCCCCCCCCCCCUUGAGCUUCUGAUGUAUGACUGUGAAUGCUCUAAACUCUUUAUCUGAAUGUGACAACUAAAUAACAAGUGCAUUUAAAAUGAAACCCGCUGAGGGGAACCGCAGGGGCCUGCUGAGAUGUCAAAAAAAUGUCAAGUGAGAGAUUGUGACAGAUAUUAUAUAUAUAUAUAUAUAAACAAGUAUAUUUAAAGAUACAAAUGUCUAUAUUAUAUUUACAGAUACAUCAGUAAGAAAGACUUGAAUUUAUGCUUUUUGUGCACCUUGCUGCUGCUUCUCCUGACAGGUGAACUGCAGCGUCUCACUUCUCUGGUCUGCAAUGCUAGGACAAUGAUGACUAUGUGUUAUGUAUUAACUGCUGAGAAUAUGCAAUAUGAAACAGAUAAAUAAAGAAUGAUAUCAAACACAG